AUGUCCGGACCCAUUCCGUGUCCCAGAUGCAAUCGGCUGCAUAGGGGCAUCUGCAAGGCAGGAACUGAUACCUGCUUCAACUGCGGAAGAGCUGGACACUUUGCUAAGAACUACCCAAGCAAGAACCCAGGGAUGGGAGCAAAACCUCACCCGUCAGCUCAGCACCCACAAUUGCGCGCAAUGAAUUUCCAAUAUAGAUCAAAUUCACAGCAGACACCAAGGAAUCAGCAGCAGAGGCCGAAACUCCCAACACAAGCUCAAGCUUAUGCGAUGAGGCAGGAGCAGCCAGAGGUGAACCAGGGGAAUUUGGUAGGCAUGAGUAAGCUUUUCAACACACCCGUUAUGCUUCUGUUUGAUACUGGCGCUUCACAUUCUUUUAUAUCUACUCAUUGUGUAACUACUCUGAAACUCGAUACAAAAGAAUCUGAACAUAGGAUGGAAGUAGUUUCCCCAGUAGGAGGACAGAUAGAAAUAUCUCGUACUUGCUCGAACUUAGAAAUCACUCUGGGCGAACUUAAGGUUAUAGCAAACAAUCUCAGUGUUAUGAUCAUGUGGGAUGUAGACAUAAUCUUAGGAAUGGACUGGCUGGCUGAAAACCAUGCCACCAUCUUAUGCAAGGAAAGACAAAUUUCCUUUAAAACCCCUGAAGGUGAAGCUACUCGCUUUCACGGAAUCUCCAUGGGAACCCGAAAGUCUGUAAUCUCAAUGCUGCAAGCCAACAAGUUGAUAAAGAAGGGAUGCCCGGCAUACCUUGUUUACCGGAUGUAUUCCCUGACACUCUACCUGGUCUACCGCCAGACCGACAAGUAG